GAUUAAUUUUAAAUGAAAACACUUAAGUUCUGGAAACGCCCAAGUUAGUACAAAAAUAGAAUAUGUCAGUGUUAUAGCUCGUUGGUUUAUUUUCACUCUUUGUGCUUAGACAUUAAAAAAACAGGUAAAAGCACUCUGCAAUCAUUCCGCAAACACAACCACGUGUUGCGUGGAAAAUUGGUGGCAACCACGGAAGGGGCCUAAUUGCACGCCAUCGCCAGAUGUUUUAUGUUUACAAACUUGAGUUUGUUUGUUUACUACAUGUACAAUUUCACAAGGUGACCUUUACACUUAAAUUUAGCAUUGUUAAGCCGGCGAAGCSACAACUUCUUCAUUACAAUUCGGUCGUUUACAAGAUAUCAACAUGCCCACCCCACAAUCGGACUUCGAAAGAAGGAAACAAAUCAGUGUCCGAGGGAUCGCCCAGUUAGGGGAYGUCAACGAGCUCAAGAAGACCUUCAACAGGCAUCUUCACUACACCCUCGUCAAGGACAGGAAUGUUGCCACCGCAAGAGAUUACUACUUCGCUUUGGCACAUACAGUGAAGGACCAAAUGGUCUCGAGAUGGAUCAGGACGCAGCAGUAUUACUACGAGAAGGAUCCCAAGAGAGUUUACUACCUCUCGUUAGAAUUCUACAUGGGCCGAUCUCUCACCAACACAAUGAUCAAUUUAGGAAACCAAAAUUCAGUAGACGAAGCUCUCUAUCAGUUAGGUUUAGACAUCGAACAAUUAGAAGAGUUGGAGGAAGAUGCCGGUUUGGGUAACGGCGGCCUCGGUCGUCUUGCYGCUUGUUUCCUUGAUUCUAUGGCAACUUUGGGUAUGGCAGCCUAUGGCUAYGGCAUCCGUUACGAAUAUGGAAUUUUCGCCCAAAAAAUCAUAAAUGGAGAGCAGCAGGAAGAACCCGAUGAUUGGCUCCGAUUCGGCAACCCGUGGGAAAAAGCCCGACCUGAGUACAUGAUCCCUGUCAAUUUCUACGGUAACGUUAUUGACACUCCAAAUGGAAAAAAAUGGGUCAAUACACAGGUCGUUUUUGCCUUGCCAUACGACAGCCCCAUCCCCGGCUACAAUAAUAAUGUUGUCAAUACGUUGCGAUUAUGGUCCGCGAAAUCCCCCGUAGAUUUUAACCUYAAAUUCUUCAACGAUGGUGAUUACAUUCAAGCCGUCCUCGACCGCAAUUUAGCUGAAAAUAUCUCUCGAGUUCUAUAUCCCAACGAUAAUAAUUUCGGAGGGAAAGAAUUGCGUCUAAAACAGGAAUAUUUCAUGUGUGCUGCAACUCUYCAAGACAUUAUUCGACGUUUCAAAGCCGCCAAAUUUGGCACYCGCGAGUAUAUAAGAACUGAUUUUGACUUGUUACCCGAUAAGGUUGCGAUUCAACUGAAUGAUACUCAUCCCUCUUUGGCCAUUCCCGAGUUGAUGAGGAUUUUGGUAGAUAUUGAGGGACUCCCCUGGGACAAAGCAUGGGAUAUUACURUYAAAACUUGUGCUUAUACCAAUCACACUGUAUUACCUGAAGCUUUAGAGCGUUGGAGUGUCGAAAUGCUCCAAAAUCUUUUACCRAGACAUUUGGAGAUUAUCUAUMAGAUUAAUCACAWCCAUCUUGAGAWSGUUUURAAAAAAUGGCCCGGGGACCUCGACAGGAUGCGGAGGAUGUCUCUGAUUGAAGAAGAAGGCGGGAAACGUGUAAAUAUGGCWYAUUUAUCGAUUGUUGGGUCACAYGCUGUCAACGGAGUCGCAAGAAUYCAUUCAGAGAUCAUMAWAGGUGACUUGUUCAAGGAUUUCUACGAAAUGACUCCCGAAAAGUUYCAGAAUAAAACUAACGGAAUCACCCCUCGCCGGUGGCUUCUUAUGUGUAAUCCCGGUUUGAGUGAUCUAAUUUCAGAUAAGAUCGGYGAAGAUUGGAUCGUUCACCUCGACCAGCUCUCUAAAUUAARACAAUGGGCAAAAGACCCCAAYUUCCAAAGGGCUGUGAUGAAAGUCAAGCAGGAAAAUAAGUUAAAACUYGCCCAAAUUCUGGAAAAUGACUACGGCGUAAAAAUCAAUCCAGGAUCGAUGUUUGAUAUUCACGUCAAACGRAUACACGAAUACAAGAGGCAACUUUUGAAUUGUCUCCACAUUAUCACUCUGUAUAACAGGAUUAAGCGGAAUCCUACRGCUAAAGUCACCCCAAGGACGAUUAUGAUUGGUGGAAAAGCCGCGCCGGGUUAUUACACGGCGAAAAAAAUUAUCAAACUGAUCAAUUGUGUCGCCAAUGUUGUUAACAACGAUCCUAUGGUUGGAGAUAAGUUGAAAGUGAUUUUCUUGGAGAAUUAUCGCGUUUCACUUGCCGAGAAAAUUAUUCCUGCGGCUGAUUUAAGUGARCAGAUUUCRACUGCGGGAACAGAAGSUUCAGGGACUGGCAAUAUGAAAUUCCAGUUAAAUGGAGCCUUGACUAUUGGUACUUUAGACGGGGCKAAUGUCGAAAUGGCCGAAGAGAUGGGUAGRGAGAAUAUCUUCAUUUUUGGGAUGACRGUUGAUGAAGUUGAGGARUUGAAGAGGAAGGGUUAUAAUGCGUAUGAUUAUUACAACGCCAACCCGGAACUGAAGCUUGUUGUUGAUCAGAUUCAGAACGGAUUUUUCACACCGAAUAAUCCCGAUGAGUUUAAAGACUUAGCGGAUAUUUUGCUGAAGUAUGAUAGGUUCUUCUUAUUGGCCGACUAUGAUGCCUAUAUUAAAAAACAAGAAGAGGCUAGCAAUAUCUAUCAGAAUCAAGCUAAAUGGGUUGAAAUGGCCAUUUACAACAUCGCGUCAUCGGGGAAAUUCUCUAGCGAUCGGACCAUUAUUGAAUAUGGCCGCGAAAUUUGGGGUGUUGAACCUAGUUAUGAAAAACUCCCAGCUCCGCAUGAACCUCGCGAACUGACUUUAAAGGACAACUAAAUUUGAUAGUUUAUUAUACAUUGUUCUAUGCGGAAACGUUUGAUAUUGUUACUUUGUAGUAAACAAAAAAGAGUAUUUAUAUAUUGUAUAAAAUCAUUGUUUAUUAAUGCAGUGCCARAAUUAUUAUUAUUGAGCUGUUUUGCUGCUACCACCGUUUUUUUCAUGCCUUUGCUUUUGACACUUUUUAUUGCUCUCAUAUUAUUUCUAAUUUCGAUUAUUAUUAUGAUUGUAUGUAUAAAAAAUAAUUGGUUUAAGCAUUUUAUAAAUAAAGUCAAUUGUGUCGUAUUAUUUUAUGGCACUGUGUUCAGUUUAA